AUGAAACUAUUUCGGCAUUUUCUUCAUUCCAAUAAGAAAAAAUUGUCGACUAAAACUCUGCAAUCAUCUCAACCAUUUUCUAAUUCAUGCAGCGAUCAAACGUUUCAUUUAAUAAAUAAACAUACGAAAUGCACUUGUCAUUACUUCAAUUUCAAUGAAAACUCCUUCGUUAACCAUCCAUCUCAUCGUUUAUCGAGAAAUCUUAUAUCUUCCAUAGAAUACUCUCCCGACGGCCAGCACAUCUUCUCUAUCUCUGAUUUCUGUUUGUGGCACGAUGUUCGCUCAACUUUAUUAGAACUGGUCGAUCGUGUCGUGACAAUCAAUGAAACAAACCACGCCUUUCUGUGUCAAACCACACAUUCCGUCGGUAUUCAAACAUCCGUUGAUUUCAAUUCACGUCGAAACGCUAAAAUUCAAACCAACACGAUAAUGCUUUGUCCCGUACAGAGAUUGAAAUGA